UUAGUGCGCGAGGAGCGGGCAUUGUAAACUACAGUACCUAACAAUGCGAAUGCCGUCAUAACAGCACUACAUGAAAUAAGGGCAACCCCAGACUGGACGUUGUCUCAUUUACAGGAAGCGCGAGCGAGCCCCCGGAAUACAGUGGAUCCUGAUGAGUUGGGCUGGAGUGCUCGGCCGUUAUGGAUUUGAGUAAGAUGGGCACGAUCCACCUACAGAACCCCAGCCACCCCACGGCGCUGCUGCACAAGGCCAACCAGAUGCGCCUGUCGGGCACGCUCUGCGACGUGGUCAUCAUGGUGGACAGCCAGGAGUUCCACGCUCACCGGACCGUGCUGGCCUGCACCAGCAAGAUGUUUGAGAUCCUGUUCCACCGCAGCAGUCAGCACUACACGCUAGACUUUCUCUCCCCAAAGACCUUCCAGCAGAUCCUGGACUACGCCUACACUGCCACACUACAAGCCAAGCUGGAGGACCUAGACGACCUGCUGUACGCCGCCGAGAUCCUGGAGAUCGAGUACAUCGAGGAGCAGUGCCUGAAGAUCCUGGAGACCAUCCAGUCGUCCGAGGAGCACGACUCCGAGAUGACCCUCACGGACAACGGCACGGAGGAGGAGGAGGAGCGCCGAGGGCGCCACCUCAAGAGCACACUCAUCUCCAAGAAACAUUCCACGCCCGAGGGUGGCUUCCCUCUGGGCGCACGCCAUCGCCUGGCGCUGUCCGCCGUGGGGGACCCGCGUCCACCCACCACCGGCUCCUCCCCCCACGGUCACCCCACCCUGAGCCCCACCAAGGCAGCGGUGGACAGUCUGAUGAGCCUGGGCCAGUCGCUGGCGCCGGCGCCCAUGGAGCGCGUCAAGACUGAGCUGAUGCAGGUGGACGAGGCCUACGGGCACGAGGGCGGCUCCUCCAGCAACGGCGACGGAAACGGAAACGGCGCCGACGGAAACCGCGGUCAGGACGGCCCGGGCACUCCGACCCGCAGCAGCGUCAUCACCAGCGCCCGUGAGCUGCACGUCCCGCGCGACGACGGCGGGCCCGACGUCCAGAUGGACGUGGGCCCGGCCGGGCUGACCACCAUGGCGGGGCUGGCCGAGCGGCACCUGGCCUCGCUCUACUCCGCCCUGCCCGCCAACCACGGUGGCAUGCCGGCCUCGGUGGCGUCGGCGAUGCCCAUGUCCCCUUCUCUGGCCAUGUCCAUGGAGCUGGGCGCCUACGGCAGCCUGCUGCAGCAGAGCUUCAUGCAGCGCGAGUUCUUCAGCAAGCUGGGCGACUACACUGCCGCCGUCAAGCAGGAGAGCCAGGCGCACAUCGACCGCUGCGACAUCUGUGUCGAGCUCCCCGACAGCGAGGCCGUCGAGCAGCAUAGGAAGCUACACAGCGGGAUGAAGACGUACGGCUGUGAGUUCUGCGGGAAGCAUUUCCUGGACAGCCUCCGACUGAGGAUGCACCUGCUGUCACACUCAGCCGGAGCGAAAGCACUCGUUUGUGAUCAGUGUGGCAAUCAGUUCUCCAAGGAGGAGGAGCUGGAGGCUCACAGGAGAACACACUCAAGUUCUGACAUGGCAGUGUUCUGUCUGCUGUGCGGGAAGCGAUUCGCUGCCCAGAAGGCUCUGCAGCAGCACAUGGAGGUCCACGCCGGAGUGCGCAGCUACAUCUGCAGCGAAUGUGACCGAACCUUCCCGAGUCACACUGCUCUCAAGCGUCAUCUCCGCUCACACACAGGUGAUCACCCGUUUGAGUGUGAGUUCUGCGGAAGCUGUUUCCGUGAUGAGAGCACGCUGAAGGGACACAAGCGGAUCCACACCGGAGAGAAGCCUUACGAGUGUAACGGCUGCGGAAAAAAGUUCAGCCUCAAGCACCAGCUGGAGACGCACUACAGAGUACACACAGGAGAGAAGCCGUUUGAGUGCAAGCUAUGCCACCAGCGCUCACGCGACUACUCAGCCAUGAUCAAGCACCUGCGCACCCACAACGGCGCCUCGCCCUACCAGUGCACCAUCUGCCAGGAGUACUGCCCCAGCCUGUCCUCCAUGCAAAAGCACAUGAAGAACCACAAGCCCGAGGACGUGCCCGCCGACUGGCGCAUCGAGAAGACCUACCUGUACCUGUGCUACGUGUGAGCCGGAUGGCCCAACACUCACCCCCACACGGAGAGGGAGGGGGGCGAAGAGCGCGCGCGUGUGUGUGUGUGUGUGUGUGUGUGUGUGUGUGUGUGUAUGUGUAUGUGUGUGACUGUCUGUAACUCAAAGUUAAUUCAAUCCAGCUACAGGGUUUAAGGGCUGGCGAAGAGGAGCAGUGACAAGCGGGAGUUACUAGUUACUGAAGUGGUUUUGUGUGUGUGUGUGUAUUUGUGUGCGUGUAUGUGUAUGUGUACAGUACUUCUCUAGUUCUUCCACUCAUGUUCACUGUCUGGUGUCUGUGGAUGUUCUCAUAAGGUUGACAAGUCACGGUAGGCUGGAGAUAGCUUCGCACAGCGGCUUUGGGUUGGGCUGGAGUUGGGUUGGGGUGGGGACAGGAUCGGUUAUGUAUUUCCUGUGAAAUUGGAAGAAAAAAAAAAGCCAAGCAGGUUAGUCAGUGGCUGUUCCUAUCUGGUCACCUGGCAUGGCUUGUGCACGGUUCUACCAGCGUGUGGUCUUCAGCUUGGGCACUUACUGGUAGAUGGAACUCGGUUCACCAGUAUCACCAAAUUACGUUGCGAAGAAGAUUAAAUGGUAAAGAUUGUUCAGGGAUACGAAUCAUAACGGAAAUGGACAUACUUCACACCGUAGCAGCACUUUGUGUUGACUUAUAUAUCUCUAUAUAUGGAUGGUUCACACAUCUCACACACAAAGACACACACAGACACACACACACACACAGACACACACAUAUACACACACAGAUGUUCAGUAUAUUGUAAUCACAAGGACAACGACAACGCUCUCACUAUCGGUCUGCUAUAAGCUUCAGCUGCUCAUCUAUCCAGUGCAUAUCAUGCUCCACAUACUCUGCUUUUGGUUCCAGUGUUUUCUCCGCUCCUACAUAUUAAUCUGCAGCUGCUUGUUUAGUGCUGCCACUUUUCUCAGUGGUCUUCAUCAAAUCAGUUAAAACUUUACCCUUGUGUGUGUGUGUGUGAGUGUGUGUGAGUGUGUGUGUGUGUGUGUGUAUACACGUAUAUGUGUGUUUCCUUUGUGUGCAUCAGUAGGUGAUGCGUGAAGAUGCUUGAACAGUGGUUUCUCGGAUGUUAAUAGAGUUUUGGUGAUCAUGUUAACAUCAUGUGUGUCCACGUGUGAUAUAUAUAUAUAUAUAUAUAAAAAGAAUCAAAUGUGAUUGUGAAGAGAGUGACGAUGUGUCAUUUCACUGUGCGUCCGAACAGGGAACAAAGUGGGCGUGUUAGAGUCUGUCUGGCGCCCUGCCUCCUGCGCUUUGGCAUCGUGAUCACUUUGCUUUUGUGUUUGUUUUCAUUUUUGUUGUUGUUGUUGUUUUUUUUUGGUCUUUGUUUUUUAAUCACAUUUUUACUUGAAAUACCUCAUUUCUGUGACCUCAUGUGCUUGAUGUGAUUUUUUUGUAUUUGUUGAUGAUGUUCUACUGAGUUUGGAGCAGGAAGCGAGAAGAGAGACUCGGGGAUUACGUUACCGGCUGCUAGACUUACGCAUCUGCAGUCGUGAAGAUGGCAGGUUGUUCUGUUUGUUUUGUUUUUUCUUUUUCUUUUUUUGUUUUUAUAUUUGUUGUGCAUUUCUUACCAAAAUAGGUCUUUGUUUUUUUUAAUCCUACUGUACAUCUGUAAAAGCUGUUGUUUUAUUUGUCUUUCCAGUCAUCCUAUUACGCUACCUCCUCAUUCUUUCCUGUUUGCACAAACAUUUGUUGUAUCUUUGAUUUGCAUUUUAAUCGAACUCCAUCUCAUGCUUGGUCUAAGACGUCUCCGUUUUUGCGAGUGUUAUUUUGCAAAAAUGAUUAGUGCAAGUCACAGACAGAAUCAUUUAACCCCCCCACCCCAAACAGCAUACACUCCGGUCUGGAGUUGCAGAGAACACGUUAGCCUUCAGAAUGAGAUGAUGUGUCGUGUUUUGUUUUGUGUUGUUGUUCUCGCUGACCGGUGUCCGAGGCGUGGGAUAGUGGCGUAAAAGAGAUUGAAAGGGAUACACUUGAAGAUCAUGUUCAAAUGAUUUGCUGUUUUUUAUGUGAAAAAUGGUUUUUGUAAAGUUGAAUCACGCAGGACUGAUGCGGUGAUAGGGAGUGUAUCAUACGGUUGUCGUGUGCUGAAAGUCUUUUUUUUUUGUGAGAAAAGAGAAAAAAAACGAGUACAUGAGAAGCUGCCCUCCUAUGGGGAACGCGCAGCAUCAACAUUCUCCAGUCCUCUUAAGAGCCAAAAGAGGCACUUUGACAUUUAAAAAAAAGUAUUUUUGUAUUACAUUAAGGUGUGAUACCUUGUAGUCUUUCGAGAUUUGAAGAGAUGUUUUACAGAAUUCUCUCCAUUGUGCUUGUUGAGUAAAACUGUAUUUUCUGUGCCUCUUUUGCAGAUGUUUGUGAUGUGAAAAUCUCCUGGGUGUUGUUUCUUUGUUGGUGAAGGUACUAGAUUAUUGUUGUUGAUCCAAAAAUGCAUAGCAAGACAAGGAAAUCCGACUGCACUCGCGCCAAUAACUCUUUGCUGUUCUGUAAACCCUUCUAAUGCUUACUGUAUCUGUGAGAACCUUUGGGGUCGGAGGGGUCGGAGAGAGCGACUGGCAUCUUUGUCUAUUUUUGUUAACACUGUGACUUUGAUGAUUACAUGCACAGAUAUUUUUUUCACAGUAAUUCGAGCGUCAGUAGCUGAUGCAAUGUUUUAUACAUUUGUGUGUGUGUGUGUGUGUGUGUAAUGUGAACUUGGCUCUUCGGUGUGUGGCCCUUCUUAAUUGUGGAAAAUGCACUAUACUGAUCAGAAGAGCAUAGUCUUUGAAGGCAUUGUAUAAAGUAAGAAAGCCCCUUCAUCCCACCCUCAUGUUCCCAUUGUGGAAACAUUUAUUACUUUGACAUUAUUAACAGAAUUGGCAAAUUAUAUUUUGGCCUCAGAAUCGACUAAAUGGCCACAUUACCUUUAGUCAGCAUAUGGCAACUUUUUUUUUGCCAUCCUCGGGUCUACACUGAGAAAAAAAAAAAGUAAAAAAUAAGUAGAAACAUUAAAGUCUCUCUGCCUUGUCUCGCUUGUCAUGUAGUAAUGACAAUGUUUUUUUUUCUUCUUGCUGGGGAAGUCAAGAUUUUUUUCAUGAACUGAUUUUUUAUUUGUCCUUAAAAAAUCAGAGCUAAUGGGUGUGAGUUAAUUUUCUUUAAAAACCAUUUGUGUAAGGGCCCUAUAAAACCAGGCUGGUGGUGUGUGUGUGUGUGUGUGUGUGUGUCUUUGUGUGUCAUGGAGUACAGAGCAACCACUGCCUUUAGAACCACAGUCGUGUGCAUCCUUUUUCACUUACAAUAACAAAGUGGGUGUCAUCAGCAAUAAUUCUAUAGGUUUUGGGAGAGGGUGAAAAAAGUCCUGGCUUCCCUGGUUUGGGAUUUGGGCUGGAGUAGCAUCCGAAGCCUUUGUUCCUCGCGCUGAGCUGUAGGUGCCAUUUGUACGCGUGUCUUAGCCCUUAAGAGACUCAGCAGACUGAGGAACUCCAUUGGACCAAGAGAAACGAUGCGUUCUCCUAAAACUUUUUACUUCUGUAUUUAGUCUUUGCCCUUUGUUUAAACUGAAUUAACUUUUGUUUUGUUUUGUUUUUUGUUUGUUUUUGUUUUCCUUUUUUAUGAUUGAUUUUAUGAAGAUGUCUACCUCAGCACCUGUCAUUAGUAUAAACGUUAAGGUGCCCAUUUAAAGAUAUAUAGUUUCUUUUGUCCUGUUCUUUACUUUCUCUUGUGCACAUAUCAUAGCGGCUUUUCCACUCUGUAGCUUCCUGUUGGCCAGAGACUGUGCUCACUGAGUAGUACUCGCUCGCUGGCUGGCUCAAUUGUGUGUGUAUGUAUGUAUGUGUGUGUGUGUGUGUGUGUGUGUGUGCGUGUGUGUGUGUGCGUGUGUGUGUGUGUGUGCAGUGAUACCUGUGCUGCUGCUGACGGACCUGUUUAUAUCCACCAUCCGUUUCCGUUCUCUUUUUCGUGGGCUCAGACACAUCGGUGUGACCUUCAGUGUUCUCUGGAAUGUGGAAAAAAAUAAAAGGUAUAAAAGCAACUUGAUGCUGCAGGUUUCCUUUGCCAUGGUUUUGUCUGUAAGUGAAGUUUGUGCCUUUAAUGUUGAAAAGAGUAUUUUUACACCCUACUAACGGUAGAUUGUUUUGUAGUGAUUUUUUUUUUUUUUUUUUGUAUUUUGGUUCACGAGUCCUUUAGAAGAUGACGAUGUUCUGUUGUCCAUGUCAAGCCUGCAGUUAGAAAUAAAAUAAAUAAAUCUGUACACUUUA